CUUCAACAUCGACAUGAUGACUCUCCCUUGCAGGGUGUGUCUUACUCUUUCAUAUCUGCUUCUAUUCUUUUCCUUUAUUCCAUCUAUUCUACAUGUCUAUGCUCAACCAUUUCAACCAUAUCCUGUUUAUCAAGGCUUUAGUGCAUAUAUCGAUGGUAAAGGAUUGUAUAUUCUUGGAGGCUCCAGGGAUCCAACCGGUAUCAAUCUAGCUUCGGCAAAACAAUCAUUUAUGAUCGACCUUUCAGCUUCGUGGAAUGCAACUACGCCUCGGUACGCACUGGUCCCAAGUCUACCAAAUGGACCUAUCAACGCAGAGACACCAAGUGCCAUUUCAUCCGAUGGACAGAGUUGGUUUAUCGUGUCCGGAGGCACCGGGUACACCUUGAAUUUUGGCACACAGAAAUGGAGUCCUAUGUUCAGCGACGGCAACAUUGGCAAUGCCUAUAAUCGUCUCGUCGGUAGUUGGGGACUUUCCGCUGUAACUGACCCAAUCACGGGUCUUAUUUAUGUUCCCGGAGGGUAUAUCGAGAGUAGCAACAUAAACAGUAUGCUUCAGGUGAAUCUUGCCACCAGUUCAUUCGAACGCGUACCUAUGGACCCUACCUACAGUAUAAAUCCAUUCUAUUCCGCUGCAUGGAGCAGAACAGGAAAUAUGCUCCUUCUGUUGGAUACAGAUGGUAACCUACAAAGCUACAUUCCAUCGAAGGGAUGGAAUACCGAAGUACAAAAAGGACAAAUACCAUCUCGACGAAGCUCUGCUUGUCUCUUAUCCUUUAAUGAUGGGGCAAAAAUGGUUUACUUUGGUGGAUAUUCAAGAGAGUUUAGCAAUACAUUGAGUGAUAUUCAUAUACUGGAUGUCGCAACUAUGACCUGGACAAGCGGCCCCAGUAUUAUAGAAGCCAAUAGACGCAGUGGCGCAGCCUGUGCUGUUUCAAAUGGACAGUUUAUUGCAUGGGGUGGGGUACAAAUUACUGCAACGAAUGAUUCAUUUGCCCCCAUGAAUCCGGUCAUUUUCAACCUGAAGACAAACACCUGGGUCUCUCGCUAUGUUGCUCCACCUCCUUCAAAAACCACUACCACGCAACGUACCACGGCUACUUCUUCACUCCAGCCAUCAAGUACAGCUGGCAAUAGUACAUCACCUAACGACAAUAAGGCCACUAAUGAAGGAAAAACAGAAGGAGGCUCGCGCAUCCCUAUUAUAUUAGGAGCAGUCAUUGGCGUUUUAGUCGUUGUGGUCGUUGUUGGAGGCCUGUUUUGGUAUCGCGCACGUCGUAGACGCUCGGCGGAUGAUGGAAACUCUUUGGCGCAAAAAGCAGGUUCCGAUGAUGGCUCAGACAACGUGACAACAAACAGCAAGGGUGACUACAACAAGCGAUCAGAUUCACCAGACGGCUAUUCAAUGUCUCGGCUACAGAACCAAGCUUACCCACCCCCACCUCCUAGUUUCAACUCACUCCGGUCAACGAACGAUUUCCAAGAUAGGCCUCAUCAUAAUAGCUCCUUUUCCGUGAGCGAUGAUGGAAAGUCCCCUUAUUAUCCUCCCCCACCCUCAUCCAGGGCACGUUCGCCUAAUACGCUGAUCGAGAAACAUCCACCAAGCGCAUCAAGAGUGGUGGGCCGUCCACAACUAGGAGCUUAUGGAGCACAGAACCUUUCAAAGAACCCACAUACUAGUCCAACGAACUUCCAACAUUCCGAUGGCCUACCGAAGGAAAUGUACUUUGCCGUACCGCCAUCCACCCCAUCUAAUCCACACACUACCUCUUCCUACUACCAUAUACCAACAUCUAGUUAUCAAUAAUCCUUUAAGCAUAAUCACAUUUCAAUUUUCAUCUCAUCAUAAACUAAUAUCUAAUGC